AUGGCAACAGCAGCAACGAUUGGAGUAAGCGAGUUGGAAGGAGUAACAGAUGCUUAUAAAGAGUUAAUGGAGAAAGCAAGUGCUCAAGACUUUGGUGAUAUUGCACAGUCUGGUUGCUUUAUACCCGUUGGAUUGGAUGAACAGAGUCAUCCCGUCUACUUGGUAUUGGCUAAUAAACUACCAUUGGGUAUUAGUGGUUUAGAUAAAAUGAUGUCUUAUAUGUGUAAAACAUUAGAACCUUUGGUUACUGGAGGUCAUUAUAGUAUCAUCUAUUCUCACCAUGGUUUGGCUCAAGAAAGUACACCUGACCGUGCAUGGUUAUUAAAGACAUACCAAUUAUUACCAAGAAAUUAUAAAAAGAAUCUAAAACAUUUCUAUAUACUUCAUCCAUCAACAUGGUUAAAGGUAUUGUUUAUGAUGAUGUCACCAUUUUUGAGUGAAAAGGUUUGGAGACACAAGGUUGUCUAUUUGGACUAUCUCCAAGAAUUGCCAGAUACUCUGGAUCGUGCACUCAUCAAAUCCAAAAUACCACACAUUGUAAAGGAACACGACAAACAAUUGUUGGCACAACCAGAGGUUGCCGAGACUGUCAUGUCAUCGAUGGAAGUACUUGGCAAGGAACUAAUGUCAUCGUUUGCUACUCCAUUCAGUGUAUUUGGUGGUACCGAUCCUUCUAAAUGGGAUAAUGCAUAUGGUGAUAAUUAUAAGAGUUCUUAUAGUACAACAAAUAAUCAAAAUGAUUCAGAUGACGAUGAUGAUGAAGAUGAUGAAGACGAUUCAGACGAGUAA